AUGGAUCAGCACUCCCCACCGCCGGGCACUUCCAGCUCGGCUGUUGAUCAUCCUCCGGUCUCCAGGAGACACCCGGAGUACCGUGGAAUUCGGUCUCGCGGCAGGAAAUGGGUGUCUGAGAUACGGGAGCCACGACAAGUCACGCGCAUUUGGCUCGGUACUUACCCGACCGCUGAGAUGGCCGCAGCUGCUUAUGACGUUGCGGCCCUUGCCCUGAAAGGCCCUGGUGCCCUCCUGAACUUCCCUAGCUCGGCCCUCACGUACCCCAUUCCACCUUCCAGAUUGCCAACCGACAUACGCGCUGCCGCAUCGAGGGCAGCAGCUUCAAGGCUUCCAAGGCGGGAUCUUGACAUGGACUCGAACGAGUGCGUGGCAACUUCGGGGCAAGAAUUCAUCGACGAGGACACCAUUUUGAACAUGCCGAAGCUGUUGGCCGACAUGGCGGAGGGGAUGCUCAUGAGGCCGCCAACACCGCAGGAAUCACCGGAAUAUCUCAGUGAAGAAAGCCUGUGGAAUGAUCCGUGA